AAAAAUAAGGAUUAAUUUAGAAGACAAUGUACAGUAUGUGUCCAUGAGAAAAGCGCUAAAAGUGAAGAGACCUCGUUUUGAUGUUUCACUGGUUUAUUUAACUCGAAAAUUUAUGGAUCUUGUCAGAUCUGCUCCUGGGGGCAUUCUUGACCUAAACAAGGUUGCAACAAAACUGGGUGUGCGGAAACGAAGAGUGUACGACAUCACCAAUGUCUUAGAUGGAAUCGACCUGGUUGAAAAAAAAUCGAAGAACCACAUUCGGUGGAUAGGGUCUGACCUUAACAACUUUGGAGCAGUGCCCCAACAAAAGAAGCUGCAGGAGGAGCUUUCCAACCUGUCCGCCAUGGAAGAUGCGUUGGAUGAGUUAAUCAAGGACUGUGCUCAGCAGUUGUUUGAGUUAACCGACGACAAGGAAAAUGAGCGGCUGGCCUACGUCACCUACCAGGACAUUCACAACAUCCAGGCCUUCCACGAGCAGAUUGUCAUCGCAGUGAAGGCACCCGAGGAGACCAGGCUGGAUGUGCCAGCUCCCAGAGAAGUAGGUCGCCCUGCAUUUCAGCCAGCAUGCAAGAGGGAGGACUCCAUCACGGUGCACAUCCGAAGCACCAAGGGGCCCAUUGACGUGUACCUCUGUGAGGUGGAGCAGACCCACCCGAAGGGCAAGACCUCCGAUGGAGCCUCAGCCUCCUCCUCUAAGAGCAAACAUCCAAAAGGUUCUGGGAAAGAAGAAAAUCCUCAGUAAAGGAAGAGUCGCCUGAAGUGAGCAGUGGAUGGCAUUUGAGAAAUGGAUCGUGGUUCUCUAGAGCAUCCCACACAGAUGAAUUAUGCAUCGGCAUGAUUCUCAGCAAUAAAUCACCCACGAAGUGCACUCCUUCGCACUCAGCAGGCAGCCGCAUGAAGGGCAGGAGUGGCUUGGAGUGGCCUCCUUAUUAGAUGCCUGAAGUAUUAUGGUUUCUGCAUUGGAAAGCAGCUCUUACAACUAAGUAUUCACUGCUUAUUGUCUGUGAACUAGACGCCUGGCCUCCUGAAAUGACUUGAUCACAGCACAUGAUCAUGCCGGGCACGGACAGUUCCGAGUACACUCUGCCCUUCCCCGGAGGAGGCUGUGGUACGUCACAAAGGAAAUUGCCUUACACUGGUUCACGUGUGCAGUGAAGUGUUGCCCACGCGUCUCAAUGUGAUGCCUUUGUAGAUAUCUGUAUAAUGUUCAGGUCACUGAUGAAUUAUGUCUGAGUGGCGCUUUUACCCCUGUAAAGCUCAAAUAAUGUGUGUAUGGAAAGUGACAGACGAGUGCUCUAGUUUCCUCUCUUUCUCUAACUUAUUAGAAUCCUCAGGACGAGGGUGACAGGAGAGCUUUUCCGAACUUCCACGUGGAGAAGUGUACUAGUACCUUUAAGUUCAUGGAUUUCAUCCAGUAUUUUAAUGUGGCUCCCAGCGCUGAAAUUGAGGUCCGAUCCUUUGUGAUUUCCAGAUGCCUGAGAGUUACUGUGUCCCAGCCCUGCCACGGCCCGUGCCCGACACUUUUAGGGCCGAUAGCAAAAUGUCCCAAGGGAACAGAUGAAUUCACUGAAUUUCAAUCAUGGUGCAGUUGGGCACUACGUGAAGCUUUUUGCCCACAGACUUUGGAAUGUUUUUGUGUGCAGCCUCACUUGUCCCUCAGAGAGGUCCUCUUCCUGUGAAUUGCCUCCUGCCCUCUGUCCAGCUCUAGUCCCAAUUCUCCAAGCACCUAGCUCUUUCUACCUCAGUGGGUCAGUCAUUUACCACUCUGUGCCUCAGUUUACUCAGUAGUUUACCAUUAGACUGUGAGCUCCUUGAGAGACUUGGUUGCAAUCAUUGUUAUAUCAGCGCCUGGCUCGUGCCUGGCCGGAAACAGUGCUCAAUAAAUGUUUGACAAAUCA